ACACCAAACCCCACCAUUCCUCCUCUGCUCACGUCCUUCCUCUCCUAUAACCCAAAUCAUAGAGCAAAGAACUAAUAUUUAUUUAAAAAAAAAUCCAAAAAGGAAAAACAAAUCAUAAUAAUAAUAAUAAUAAUAAUAAUAGAAAUGUGAAAGUCAAAUACAAAACAGAUAUUUUCCUGUUUUUGAGUUUCAGAUCAUGCUUUCCGGUUUUUGGGUCUGUAAAUUUCCAGGUUUUAAUCCGAAGACGACUAGGGCUUAAGUGGCGAUGUCUGUAGGAGUUUGCGGGAAGCGUGUUGGAUUCGAAGAGAUUUUCGGAUCUUCGUCUCCGACGUCGUGCUCCGCUGCUAAGAGACCUAGGUGGUCGAGUUUCGGAUCCGGGUCCGAAGACACGGUCUCUCUUCUGCUUCAAAUGUUCCCAGACUUGGACCCUGAGUUGGUGGAAACAGUUUGUAGAAAUCACAAUCAUAAGGUUGAAGAUGCUAUUGAGAGUCUACGUGCACUUUCUUUUACUGAUGUUAGUGCAAGAUAUCAAUCACAAAGCUUCGAUUCCACAACUUUUGUUAAUUGUGCUAACGUUCCUGGUCAAAGCACAGCUACCUGCAGUCAAAUAUCGGAUCAGCAAGUUGAAGGUGUAAAGGAAGUGAGAUCAACCAUCAGUUAUGGAAAUUCGAUAGACAGUUCCAAAUGGGUGGAUUUGUUCGUGCACGAGAUGAUGAAUGCAACAGAUUUUGAUGAUGCCAGGGGCCGUGCAACAAGAAUUCUGGAGGCUUUUGAACAAAGUAUAACUGCUCCCUCAAAGGCAUCAGAGGAGCUGGAGCAUGCUUCUUUAAAGGAACAUCUGCAGAGCUUGUUAAAUGACAAUCAGAUUUUAAAGAGAGCGGUUGCAAUCCAGCACGACCGCAAUUUGGAGCAUGAAGAGAGGACAAAGGGAAUAGAACAGCAAAAGCAUUUGUUAAGCCAGUAUCAAGAACAAGUUCGAAGUCUCGAGCUUACCAACUACAGCUUGAAGCUUGAUCUACAGAGGGCACAAGGGCAAUUUCACCCAUACUGAGGUUGUGUGUGUUUCAUCACUUGAUUUGCUGUUUCCCAUUAUAUCGAUUUAGUUUUUUUUUUUUUUUUCUAUUUUAAUAUCACAGAGUAUUGAGCAUCAUUAAGACCCAUACAGUAUUGUAGUGCGUUCAGCCAUUACCUAAAUCCAAGCCAAGCACACUUUGGCAGUUUGUGUGGAAGUUUCAGUAUAGCUAAGUAAUGGUUCGGUAUGAUAUAAGUACUUUAUUUCUAAUGUGAAAAGCUUUCUUUCCAA